CAAAGAUAAGUGACAAACUAUAACAACACCGUAUUAAGUAUAAUGUAGUUUAUGACAGGUUGGUUGGUUGUUUAUCCACCACUACCUAGUCAAUAUUAUUAUUUGUUUUGAUUUUGAUUACUAUCUAGUACCUACUCACGCAGUGUUGUGCAACAUGAUAUCAUUAUAGUUCAAUAUCGGUGUUAAAAUGGUUUCUCAAGCAAAAAUUAAAUCGUGGGUGAUCCAAUUUCUACGAGAUCAAAAAUACGGAGACUACCAAAUCGAGUUCAAUGGAAAACCUGGUAAAGACGCUGGUUAUAUGAGGGAUAUUAACUUUUUAACUGUGAAGUGUGCGCAUUCAAAUGAAGAAAAAAUCCUGCACAUCAUUCUAAAACACGACUACUUUCAACAGCGUGAAACAAUCAAAAACGCGUUUAUUAUAGAGACAUUAAUGUACCAUACAGUAUUGCCAACAUUUAGGAGCUUUGAAUUAAGGAAAAAUGUAGACGACGUUUUUGAUAGUGCACCAAAAUACUUUUAUAGUCUCCAGGAUCAAAAUACACAAGUUAUUCUUAUUGAAAACGUAACGAACAAAGGAUACAAAAUGCAUGACAGAAGAAGAGCUUUGGAUAUGGAUCACUGCAAACUGAUCCUUCGGGAAUAUGGAAAACUCCAUGCUCUUUCAUUGGCAUUUAGAGAUCAACACCCUGAAGAGUUUAGAGACUUAUGUAGACGUUUUCCAAAUAUCCACGCUAUAUUUGCCGCCCAGAAAGAUAUGCAGGAAUACGUGGAAAGUAGAAUAGAAGAGAUGGUGAAUGUCCUCAAAACCAAUGGAGAUGUAGAACUCAGUGUACGGCUGCAAGCUGAAUUAGAAGAUGGAUUUAAAAUUGAAGAUGACGAGAUUCGUGCAGUAGAUGAGCAGUAUGUUAUAUGUCAUGGAGACAAUUGGAACAAUAAUUACAUGUUUAAGUAUUCAGUAAGUAUACCUUGGGUUUCACAUGAACUUCACUUCUCCUCAAUCAUGGACGUCUUUAUUUGAACAGAGUCAGCGGCGU